AUGGAGCCUCAACCUCCCGAACAGCCGCAACAACAACCCCCGCCAACACUCACCAACCCGCGUUUCACCCUCGAGCUCGAAUUCGUCUCCUCCCUCGCAAAUCCCUACUAUCUUUCCCACCUAGCCGUCACCUACCCGAAUCUCCUAGGUAUCUCUCGAUCCAGCGACGACACCGCAAAUGAGGACACCGAUACCUCCGCCGACCCCGACGCACAGGCUUUCGCCGCGUAUCUCGCAUACCUCUACUCGUACUGGAAGACGCCAGAGUACGCGCAGUUUCUGACGCACCCGGGUCCGACGCUGCGGGCGCUGCGAUUGUUGCAGGAAGACACGUUCAGGAGGGAUGUUAUAAGGCCGCAGGUUAUUGAGGGGUUGGCUGGGCUUGGGCUUGUGGGUGAACAGCAACAGCAGGAGGGCGCGCAGGAGGGGGGUGGAGAGCAGGGACAGGAAGGUGCGGAGAAACAAGAUGGGGUGUGA